GGUGCGGUGCGGUGCCGCGCGGAGCGGAGCAUGUCGGCGCUGAGGAGGAAGCUGGGCGAUGAGUACCAGGUGGUGAGCACCUCGGCCAGCGGAGGGGGGCUGCCUCCGCCCCGGGCGGCCCCGCGGGGGAAGCGGCAGCGCUUCGUGGAUAAGAACGGACGGUGCAACGUGCAGCACGGGAACCUGGGCGGUGAGACCAGCCGGUACCUAUCCGACCUUUUCACCACGCUGGUGGACCUCAAGUGGCGCUGGAACCUCUUCAUCUUCGUUCUCACGUACACCGUGGCCUGGCUCUUCAUGGCCUCCAUGUGGUGGGUGAUCGCCUACAUGCGGGGCGACCUGAACAAGGCUCACGACGACAGCUACACUCCCUGCGUGGCCAACGUCUACAACUUCCCCUCCGCCUUCCUCUUCUUCAUCGAGACCGAGGCCACCAUCGGCUACGGCUACCGCUACAUCACGGACAAAUGCCCCGAGGGCAUCAUCCUCUUCCUCUUCCAGUCCAUCCUGGGCUCCAUCGUGGACGCCUUCCUCAUCGGCUGCAUGUUCAUCAAGAUGUCCCAGCCCAAGAAGAGGGCUGAGACCCUGAUGUUCAGCGAGCACGCGGCCAUCUCCAUGCGGGACGGCAAGCUCACCCUCAUGUUCCGCGUGGGGAACCUCCGCAACAGCCAUAUGGUCUCGGCGCAGAUCCGCUGCAAGCUGCUCAAGUCCCGCCAGACACCCGAGGGUGAGUUCCUGCCGCUGGACCAGCUGGAGCUGGACGUGGGCUUCAGCACAGGUGCCGACCAGCUCUUCCUCGUCUCGCCGCUCACCAUCUGCCACGUCAUCGAUGCCAAGAGCCCCUUCUACGACCUGUCCCAGCGCAGCAUGCAGACGGAGCAGUUCGAGAUCGUCGUCAUCCUGGAGGGCAUCGUGGAAACCACGGGGAUGACGUGCCAGGCCAGGACGUCCUACACUGAGGAUGAGGUGCUGUGGGGCCAUCGCUUCUUCCCGGUUAUUUCCUUGGAAGAAGGGUUCUUCAAAGUCGACUACUCGCAGUUCCACGCGACGUUUGAGGUCCCCACGCCGCCGUACAGCGUGAAGGAGCAGGAGGAGAUGCUGCUCAUGUCCUCACCCCUGAUAGCGCCCGCUGUCAGCAACAGCAAGGAGAGGAAUAAUUCAGUGGAGUGCCUGGAUGGUCUGGAUGAGGUUGGCAUAAAACUACCUUCCAAACUGCAGAAAAUAACUGGCAGGGACGACUUCCCUAAAAAACUCCUCAGGAUGAGCUCCACCACCUCGGAGAAGGCCUACAGCAUGGGCGAUUUGCCCAUGAAACUGCAGCGGAUCAGCUCAGUCCCUGGGAAUUCAGAAGAGAAACUGGUGUCCAAAGCCACCAAGAUGAUGUCGGAUCCCAUGAGCCAGUCUGUGGCUGACUUGCCGCCCAAGCUCCAGAAACUGUCGGGUGGCGGUCGGAUGGAAGGGAACCUUCCUCCAAAACUGAGAAAAAUGAAUUCGGAUCGCUUCACAUAACCCAGCUACCAAGGCCGGACUGCCCCAGCAGGAGGAUGGCCUUCCAGAGCUCCAUGUGGCUCCGUGCCCUGUGCUGGCAGGGCUGUGGGUGCACCAGCAGGCUGCCCGGGGCCAGCAGAGCCGUCUGCCCCUGGCAUGUAGAACCACGAUGCGCAUGCAAUAAUAGUGUGCAAUUCCUGCAUCUAAUUUUCUGGCAUGGCUCCUACUAUAUUUAUACUGUAUAGUCUGAAAAAAUGCGUCCAGGGGUGUUGCAUUCCCUGUGUAUUUCUUAAGAGUCAGUAGCAGGUUGGGACAUGUGAGUGGGUAACUGUCAGCAUAGGUUAUAAUUUGAGUUCAUUUUCUUUUUUUUUCCUGACGUGGGUUGUGAUGUUGCACACUGGAACAAGUUGCCCAAGGAGGCUGUGGA